UGUCCCUUUACAUUCAUCUGUUAUAUUUUUUGGCUUAUAGUUUAUUAAUUUAUUCUAUAAACAAUUCUAAUAUUUUUUCUUACUAAUUGCAGAUGGCAGGUAAAGAUAAAGUUAAAGAAAAAGUAAAAGAUUCCAAGACUCAUAAAUCCACACAUCCCAAACAUUCAACUCCACAAAUGACAUCUCCUCAUAUGACAUCUCAAGAUGCACCUGCUCGUAUGACACCUCAUAGGACAUUGAAUGUUAGAAAUCCUGCUCAUAGUGCACCCUCUUCAAACACGUCUAGUGGUGCACCUCUUCGUAGGUCAUCUAAUGUCCAUCCUGCUCAAGUCGCAUCUGUUGGGACAUCUAAUGUCCCAGGUCCUCAUGAUGUUUCUCAUGGUGCAUCUGCUAGGACAUCUAAUGUCCCUCCUUCUCAUGUAGCUCAUGAUGUUCCUCGUGUUGCUUCUGCUAGGACAUCUAAUGUCCCUCUUCCUCAUGUAGCAUCACCAUCUAAUUCACAACCUUAUGAUUCUGAUGGAGCAGAAACCCCAAUAUUAAGUGAAAAUGUCGACCCAUCUGAGACACAAAAUAGUGAUGGAAAACAAACUUUAACCCUCGAGUUACAAGGAUUUUUGCCUUCAUAUGCUGCAGCUAGUGCAAUUGGAGAUAUCAUGAGGAGUAAUUAUAGUAAGCCAUGGAACUCAUGGAAAAAGAUACCACGUAAAACAAGGAAAUUGUGGUUUCAAGACUUUAAGGCAAGGUUCAAUUUUUGUCCACCGGAUGAUGCAUUGGCUAGAAAGAACUUUGAAAGGCGAGGUGCAGUAAUAAUGAAAAAUAACUUAAACAAAGCUCGUGUCGCAAAGAAAAGACCAGAUUGGAUUGACCAGAAUGCGUGGGAUCCAUUAUGUGAGCAUUGAAGAACUUCAGGAUUUAAAAAGAAAAGUAUACAGGCGAAAACAAAUCGAGCAUCUGACUGUGGAGGUUUUUCAAAGCCCGUUCACACUUGUGGCUCUAUCACCACAUCGCAACAUAGAGCUAAUUUGACGGAACUGAAUGGCACUCCCCCCGCUCCUGUAGAUUUGUUUGUUUACACACACCAACAUCGCAAGAAUAAGACUUGGGUUGAUCGGAA